AUGAAAGAACCCCGGAUUUUCCCUAGAGAGCGGCCAACUCCUUGGACUCGUGCUCCACUGCCACCUCGAGGACGGCUCGACAGUUCCCUGGGACCACAGGGGGGUCCACUUCUAAACACAGGCCACCCAUUGGGCAUGAACUCGGAUCCGUUUCUUAUGGCAACUGGUUCUGUUGGUGGAAAUCUGGCCCCAUUUCCAAGGAACCCAUCUCCUUUUCCAACUUCUUCAGGCUCGUUGGCUUCAAACCCAGCACCUUUCCCUGCUGGUGCUCGUGACCCAGGCAUGGCUUCUUUUCCAAGAGGGAUGAAUCCCACUGGCACAGGUGCAGUUUCUUUCCCAAGGCCAGGUGGCCUCUUGGGCCCAGGCCCAGGGCCAGCUCUAAACCCUAGAGCAGGAGCUCUUCCAGGCCCGGGGCCUUUGUCUAACCCAAGAUUAGGGGGUCUCCCAGGACCAGGUCCUAUGUCCAACCCAAGGGCAGGUGGUCUCCUGGGAACGGGUCCUGACCCCAGAAGUGGUGGCCCCAUGGGUCCAGGAUCUGGACCCAACCUGAGAGCAGGUGUCCUGUUGACUUCUGGGAAUGGUCCUCCCAAUCCUAGGCCCGUUGGCCUGGGCCCCGGACCAAGUCCCAAUCUAAGAUCAGGCUUUGUAGGUACAAAUCCUGCCCCUAGGUCAGGUAUGUUUCCAGGCCCUGGCCUUGGGCCCAACCCAAGAGCAAGUGGCCUGGGCCCAGGCCUUGGGCCCAACCCAAGGGUGGGUGGCCUGGGCCCAGGCUCUAAUCUGGACACCAGAGCGGGUGGCCUCUUGGGCACAGGAUCUGGUCUUAACUUAAGAAUGGCUGGACCUCAAGGCCUAGAUCUUGCACCAAUUCUGAGAGCUGCAGGUCUUCUAGGAGCAAAUUCAGCUUCUUUUUCACAGGCUUCUGGAAACAUGGGCACGAACCCAUCCUCCAUGGCAAGAAUACCUGGCCCCAUAGGCCCAAACUCGGCUCCUGGCUCUCGGGGAAUUGGCCUUCCAGGGCCAAAUCCAUCUCCCAUGUCAAGGGCUCCUGGCCCCAUAGGUCCUAAUUCAGCUCAUUUUUCAAGGCCACCUGGCCCCAUGGGGGUAAAUGCUAAUCCCUUUCCAAGGGGGACAGGUUCAGGGGGACUGAACCCAGCUGCCUUCUCUCAAUCUUCUGGCACAUUGGCUUCAAACCCAGCUACCUUCCAGAGGUCUGCUGGCCUCCAGGGCUCAAGUCCAGCAAUUUUCCCAAGAGCCUCUGGGCCACUAGGCCCCAACCCAGCUAACUUCCCAAGGGCCACUGGCUUACAGGGUCCAAGUCCAGCUACCUUCCCAAGGUCUACUGGCCCAUUAGGCCCUGGUCAGGUUACCUUCCCCAGGUCAGCUCCUGGGCCCCUGGGCUCUUCUCCAGCUGGCCCUGUGGGUAUCAACCCAGCACCCUUUGCAAGACCAACUGGGACCCUGGGUCUAAACUCAGCUUCUUUUCCAAGGAUGAAUGGCCCUGUAGGUAAGACUUUGGUCCCAUUUCCUAGAGUGGGGAGCCUCCCUGGCACAAACCCAGCUGCUUUCCCAAGACCAGGGGGUCCAAUGGCUGCAAUGUACCCAAAUGGAAUGUUACCCCCUUAAACACCACCUUCUCUCCAGGACCAGCUUGGUUUCCAGGAACCGUGGUUCUGGGCAGGGUAAAAGGGUAAAAGUGGAGCUACAGUCUGAAGAACAUAGCUGGGGCUCAAGUUCAAAUGAGCCAUCUUUUUCCUCUGCUUCUUUCGUGACUGAAGGUGAAAUGUUACUGUGGGACAUGGACUAUGGCAGGUGGGAAUGAUCCUGGCCUUGAUAGAAAGGAUCUCCAGCCUUCCAGAAGCCUGCUGUGCUUUUGUCCCACAGCUUUCUGCCCUUUGUUUCUACUAGUUUCUUGAAUUGUUCUUGUGGACUUUUCCUCAGGGAUACAUUGGCCUGCAGGUCCCAAUUAAUACAUAGUCCCCUGCUCAUCACUGGAGAAUCAGCUCACUGCUCUCUAGAAAUGUUGCGUUGGUGAACGGACCAUGCUUCAGCAGCUCUGACCUGGGCAGCUUGGACCUGGUCAUCCUCUACUGCCAUACCUUUCCCUGGGAGCUUGAACACAGAACAGGGAGGUGGGCAACCACUUCAAAGACCCACCAAAUACAGUUCCAGUUUGACUGAUUGAUUGGGCCUGCAGCUUCCUUCUCCUGGGACUUAGAGGAGGCCAGAAUGAAGGCUUCACUGCUCAUCCAACUCCCUCCCCACUGGUACUCCCAAUCAAAGAACCUCGAAAUUUAAACUGAUGUGGAUGGGAAUCCGGGAAUUGGGGUGGGGGGUGGGGGGUGAAGGGGAGAAAUCACUGUGCUUCGUUCAGCCUGAUGUGAAAGGAUGGUUGGUGUUUUUCCUGCAUUGUAUCUUUUCUUACUGUUUCUUUAAUAAAUGGGAUGAGAGGG